AAUCCUAAAAAUAAUUGUGGCUUACGUUGUUUACUUUCUGAUUGGUUUGUAUUUCUGGUACACAAAACAAAUCCUCCCCUAAUUAGAAGUCUCUGAGAGAUUGUUAAUAAAAAACAAAUUCUAGCUUGAAGAGGAAAAGGGGAAAAACCAUUGUAGCUUAUUUAGGAGGAGAAAAGGGGGACGCAGUAGAAGGAGAAAUUUCAAUUAGGUCAAUUGGGAGAAGACAGAGAAGAGAUCUGUUUUCGUUUUCGAUCCGAUUAUCAAACCGAAAUGGGUCUCUGGGAUGCUUUUCUCAAUUGGCUUAGAAGCCUUUUCUUCAAGCAAGAAAUGGAGCUGUCUCUAAUAGGUCUUCAAAACGCCGGAAAAACCUCACUUGUAAAUGUAGUUGCUACUGGUGGAUAUAGUGAAGAUAUGAUCCCUACGGUAGGAUUUAAUAUGCGAAAAGUCACUAAAGGCAACGUCACCAUUAAAUUAUGGGAUCUUGGAGGUCAACCGAGAUUCCGUAGCAUGUGGGAGCGAUACUGCCGUGCAGUUUCUGCUAUUGUGUAUGUUGUUGAUUCAGCUGAUCAAGACAACAUAAGCAUCUCGAAAAGCGAACUACACGAUCUUUUGAGCAAACCAUCACUAAAUGGCAUUCCUUUAUUGGUUUUGGGGAACAAGAUUGACAAGCCUCAGUCCCUAUCCAAGCAGGCGCUAACCGAUCAAAUGGGUUUAAAAUCGAUAACCGAUAGGGAAGUGUGCUGCUUUAUGAUCUCGUGCAAGAACUCGACCAACAUCGACCAGGUCAUUGAUUGGCUAGUUAAGCAUUCCAAGUCGAAGAGCUAAUUCGGCUCUGCACAAUGUAUUUUCUAGUUUUACUUUCUUUCUUCUUUCUCUUUUUUUUCGGGAUUUUCAGUUUGUUGUUGUUCAUGACCAGAUUGCACAUUCUUUCUUUCUGGCCAAUGGGCUUGCUGCUUCUUUUUUUUUUCUUUUCCAGAAGUUGUCUCUGUAUUAUAUCUAUCAACUCACAUUUGUUUGGAUUGUGUUACUGAGAGGAAUUUCUUGGGUAUUUUUAUGGCAAUUGAUUUCUUGU